AUUUGCUUUAAUUUGCAACAGAAAAGCUUGUGGUGUGUAGUGACAGUUAGGGAAUGUUCUAUUCUUCCCUCCAGCCUGUUUAAGUGAUAAAAGUGUCAUUAUUUAGCCUCUGAAGCAGAGAGGACAGUGCAAACAAGACUAUAUGACCCUUUGUCAAGAGCCUCAACUCUUCAGAACUCAUUAAGUACCUUCAGGAGGACGCUGGUACUUUUCUCUGAGCCUUUUUAAGCCUCAUUCCCUCCGAUUCACUCAAUUAAUGUUGAAAAUGGACUCAGUUUAGAAGUAACGGGGACAUGAAAGCUGUGGCACUGCGUAAUGGCGCAUGGAGAAUGAUUAAAACAGCGGGAAAGGCCUUUGGAUUUGCGCCAAAGAGGAUCUCACCGUAUCCCGCUCUGACAAGAUUUGGACACGAUUGGCUUUUACUUUUUGAGUUUUUUUCGUGGUGUUUGUCCUGGAAGGUUUGGUUUGUUUUUUUUGCGCUUGAUUGAGUAACAGGGAUAUAAAAUAUCCACAUUCUCCACGCAGCGUCUGAGGGCUGAACAUGGAGACACGAGGCCACAUGGUAGACUCCACCUUUAUACAUUUGGUAAAUGAUAUAAACUUAAUGGAGUGUCCGCAGAAAUACGCCUUGGACCCCAAGCAGCAGGUGGAUGACGCUUCAUCCCGUCCGAACAGGGACACGCUUUUGCGCGACGCGCCCUGGAGCCUGGAUCUGAGCCUUGACAAUGUGGUGCGUACUGACAGACUGAGCGCUCGUCGCAGGAUGACCGACGCGCCGAAAUACUGCGUCGGGACGCACGGACGCUCCAAAUCCAAACGGAGGAGGAUCAUCACCGUGGUCCAGAGGCAGGCGGCCAACGUACGAGAAAGGAAGCGCAUGUUUAGUCUGAACGAGGCCUUUGAUGAGCUGAGGAGGAAAGUUCCCACAUUCGCCUACGAGAAGAGACUCUCCAGAAUCGAAACCCUCCGCUUGGCCAUCGUCUACAUCUCCUUCAUGACGGACCUGCUGGAGAAAUCAUGAGUCUGGUGUGUUUAUUGUAACACAGAGCGGGUUGCU